AUGGUGUUCGUCCGGCAAACAUGGACUCUGUGCGCGAAGACGCUCAGGAUCGUCUUCUUGAGACAUUGGCUGGGUACCUUGACACGAGCAUUCCUGGCACCCAUCAUCUUCAGCUUCAUCAUAUCGUACUCGAAGAACUUCUUCGUGCCUCCUAGCGACUUCGGAAUUGGCACAGCGAGGACUCUACGAUCUCUGAGUGAUGCCGUCGGAGCAUCUGCUGGAGGUCGCAAUACUGUCGUGUUUGUCGAUAAUGGAUUCACUGGAGGCGACAUUUCGAGAGUCAUCGAGCAGAUCUCGGCAUCUAUUACGGCGCAAGGAAAGACAAUACAGAAUUUGCAGAGCCGGAAAGACAUGUUGACAACAUGCCCAAGCACAAUCCGUGGAGUCUCUCCCUGCUUUGCGGCUGUUGUCUUCGAAUCAUCGCCCACCGAAGGCCCAGACGGGAUCUGGAACUACACAAUCCAAGCUGAUGGCUCGUUUGGUGAGAGGAUAUAUGUGGACUCUGACAGCAACGAUGCAGAGAUCUAUGCUCUUCCAUUACAACACGCCAUCGACAACGCCAUCGCGUCUUUGAACGGCACGACGCUUCCUGACAAUGUUCAGCAGUACCCGUUCACGUCUCAGAACUCGGCAGAGCGAGACCGAAGCAUCAACCGCGCAUAUAUGGGGGCUCUGAUCGAUAUCCUUGGUGUUGCCUACUUCAUCGGGAUUGUGGGAAUAUGUUAUCAGCUUACGGGGCAGAUGGCGCAGGAGCGCGAGCUGGGCAUGUCACAGCUCAUCGAGGCCAUGAUGCCGAACAAACAACGUUGGCUGCCACAGGCGGCUCGGCUCCUCGCCAUGCACGUAUCUUUCGACAUCCUUUACUUCCCAAGUUGGGUCAUCAUGGGCAUUAUCGUUGGAGUCUUGAACUAUCCCAAGUCGAACCUGGGCAUUCCGCUGGCAUACUUCAUCAUAUCUGGGCUCGCGCUAUCUUCCUGGUCCAUCGCCUUCGCGUCGCUUUUCAGAAAGUCUCAGCUCUCCGGCAUUACUGUCACGAUUGUUUCGAUUGUCCUGGCAAUCAUCAUUCAGGUGGUCGGGCCAGUGUCUACUGGUGCAGCAGCUAUUCUCAGCCUGCUGUUUCCAUCGAUCAACUUCACGCUGUUUAUAAUCUACAUGGCUCACUGGCAACAGCAGUCACUGCCUACCAAUCUUGCAGAGGCUGCUCCAAACGCACCUUGGAGAAUACCCGGCUAUGUGUUUUUCGUCUUCUGCGCGAUACAAUUCUUGGUCUACCCGUUCAUUGGCGCCAUCAUCGAGCGCACACUUUUCGGUACUGCUUCCAAGUCGCGACAGUUGCGCUAUGCUACGGACGACACAGCGGAGACUGUCAAAGUCACAUCACUUAGCAAGCACUACCCACCUGGUUGGUUCGCACGAAAGAUUAUGUCGCGGCUCACAAAGCACCCACAACAGACCGUUUUCGCUGUGAACAACGUCGACUUUUCAGUGCUUCGAGGACAGAUCAUGGUGCUCCUAGGUGCUAACGGUAGCGGCAAGAGUACGACUCUUGACACUCUAGCUGGGUUACAGAAGCCUACUAGCGGAACUAUCGAGAUGGACGCCACCGGUGGCGUUGGCUUGUGCCCACAGAAGAACGUGCUUUGGAAUGAGCUCACAGUCUACGAGCACGUCAAGAUAUUCAACAGGCUUAAGGCAGACACGGUUGACAGCAAACUGCAGAUGCAGGAGCUUGUUUCAGCUUGUGACCUCGAUCUCAAGAUCAACGCUCGUACAGAGACAUUGUCUGGAGGCCAGAAGAGAAAAUGUCAGCUUGCUAUGAUGUUGACAGGAGGAUCUCGCAUCUGCAUGUUGGAUGAAGUCAGCUCUGGACUAGACCCUCUGAGCCGACGAAAGAUCUGGGAUAUCAUCUUGGCUGAGCGUGGCAAGCGCUCUAUGCUACUCACCACGCACUUCCUUGAUGAGGCAGACCUGCUCUCUGACGAUAUCAUGAUCUUGUCCAAGGGCAAUCUCGUAGCGCACGGGUCCGCUGUGGAAUUGAAGCACCAUCUAGGAGGUGGAUAUCGCGUCCGGAUCUACAAAGAAGACGAGAAGGCUUUGCCCGAGAAGCUCGCAGCUACGCCCAACCAAGUGUACCACGAUCAGACAGUCUACAACCUGACCGACUCUGCUGCUGUGGCGCACUUUAUUGCUGAGCUGGAACGCAGCGGUGUUCGCGACUAUCAAGUCAACGGCCCUACCAUUGAGGACGUAUUCCUUAAGCUGGCAGAGGAGGUCAAAGAGGAGCUCGAAAAGGACCGGGAACCUAGCCCUACGCCAUCUACUGUCGAUGCCGUGGACGCACCAGUCCAUGAGAAGGGCCUGAAGCUGAUCCCAGGAAAGAAUCUAUCUUUCCUUGGACAGACUUGGGUACUCUUCCGCAAGAGAGCUACGAUAUUGAGGAGGAACAAGUGGCCAUAUUUGGCCGCUUUGCUCAUCCCUAUUAUUGCAGCUGGUCUCGUGACCCUUUUUGUACAAGACCUCCAGCCGCUGUCCUGCGACCCAAGCGCUCAAGUGUCAGAAGCUGACAUUGCAAACCUUGCAUCUGAGCUUGCAGAUGCUGCCCUAAUUCCAGCUGGUCCCAGUGGGCAAGUGCCGGCUGAGCUGCUGAAUCAACCUUCCUUCCGACCCGUGGACUCGUUGACCGCAUUCAACGACUUCGUGGUCGACAGAUACCACAACGUCACCCCGGGAGGGUUCUUCAUCGGUGACACGCCGACCUUCGCCUAUAGAGGAAACUAUGGGUUGAACUUCGCUGUUGUAACCCAGAAUCUCCUGGACGUUAGCCUCAGCGGAGUGGAUAUCGCUACCUCCUACCGGGCGUUUGCUACGCCAUUCGCCCCCGAUGCCGGGCAGACGCUGCAGUUCAUCCUCUACUUCGGUUUGGCAAUGUGCGCCUUCCCUGGUUUCUUUGCUCUCUACACCAACAUAGAGCGUCUUCGCAACGUGCGAGCUCUCCAUUACAGCAACGGUGUCCGAGCCGGUCCACUGUGGAUCGCAUACACAGCCUUCGACUUCGUCAUCGUACUACUGGUCAGUGCCAUUUCGGUCAUCAUCUUUGUCGGCGCCUCAGAUGUCUACUACGCUCCAGGAUAUCUCUUCGUGGUCUUUGCUCUCUACGGACUCUCCGCAACUCUGAUGUCUUACGUGGUUUCUCUCUUCACCACAAGUCAGCUAGCAACCUUUGCCUUCGCGGCAGGCGGGCAAUGCUGCUUCUUUCUGCUCUACUUUGUGGCCUACAUGUGUAUCAUCACAUAUUCUCAAGCUGCCGACAUCGAUCACAAUGUGACGAUUAUGCACUUCACACUGGCAUUGAUCUUCCCGUCCGGAAACCUACUGAGAGCGCUGCUCUUGACCUUCAACGAGUUCUCAUUGCUUUGCAGAGGCAGACAAACUGCAUCGUACCCAGGAGACAUCACAGUCUAUGGAGGAACUGUUCUAUACCUGAUCCUCCAGUCUGCGAUACUGAUUGGCGUCUUGGUCUGGUAUGACAGUGGCUGGAGGCCAGGCUUCCUUGCGCGCUCAAGCUACCGGGCGCCAGACGCUGAAGAAAUCGAGGACGUUGACCCUGAAGUUUACGGAGAAGCAGCGCGCAUCGAGGAUUCGCAAGACCAGUUGAAGGUUCAGCAUGUCACCAAGGCCUUCGGAAGCAAUGUAGCGGUCGACAACGUGAGCUUCGGCGUAACGCACGGCGAGACAUUCGCGCUGCUUGGUCCGAACGGUGCAGGUAAAAGUACUACGAUUGGUCUCAUCAGAGGAGACACUCGUCCCAGCGGCAAAGCUGGCGACAUCUUGAUCGAGGAGACUUCAAUCAUUCGCCAUCGGGCAGUAGCACGGGCAAACCUAGGUGUCUGCCCACAGUUCGACGCCAUGGAUCAGAUGACUGCAAUUGAGCAUCUCAAGUUCUAUGCCCGAGCUCGCGGUGUGCGCGAUGUCGAGCACAACGUUGAUCAGGUCGUCCAUGCUGUCGGUCUUGCACCUUUCAAGAACAGGAUGGCCGCCAAGCUGUCCGGUGGUAACAAGCGAAAAUUGAGCUUGGGUAUUGCACUCAUGGGCAACCCAUCAGUAUUACUACUCGACGAGCCUAGCUCUGGACUGGACGCUGCAAGCAAGCGAGUUAUGUGGCGGACUCUGAGAAGCGUGUCAGAAGGACGAUCGCUUGUCUUGACGACCCAUUCUAUGGAAGAAGCAGAUGCAUUGGCCGACCGAGCCGGUAUCAUGGCAAAGCGUAUGCUUGCCCUCGGUACCAGCGACGAACUCCGCAAGAAGCACGGAGACGCCCAUCAUGUGCACGUUGUCCACAAAGAUGCUCCAUACAGCACAGACGAUGCCAUGAACGGAAUCAAGACCUUCAUCCGCAACACCUUUCCAGGAGCCACAACAGAAGAGCGCGUCUUCCACGGCCAGCUUCGUUUCAGCGUUCCGAACGACCGCACAGCACAUCAAAAUGACGAGUAUUCUCUCGACAGCAUCGAUUUACACGACAAGAAGGGAGCUCUCAUGACCGUCUCCCCAGCAAGCGGUCUUUCUGCAAACAGUAUCAGCGCACUCUUCCAGCAGCUUGAGCAGAAUAAGGAAACGCUGGGCUUCGGCUACUAUGGUGUCUCGCAAGCGACACUCGACCAGGUUUUCUUAAGCAUUGUCAGCAAACAUAAUGUACAGGAAGAGAAUUAUCAGAAAACACACAAACAGCACCUUGAUACGUGGGGAAAGGUGAAGAAAGGUGUAGCGACAGUAUACCAUAACGCUUGA